AUGACAAGGAGGAACAAUAGCAACAGGAGGAGAAGGAGAAUUAGAGCAGUUCAAGUUGGUCACAGUCAGGCUCGGGACAGUAAACAAGCGGUUCCUGGGAGGAACGAGGAAGGACUAUAUUAUGCAUUGGACCUUGGAGGGACUAAUUUUCGCGUGUUACGUGUGCAAUUGGGAGGCAAGGAUGGUGGUAUUAUUAGUCAAGAAUUUGCUGAGGUGUCAAUUCCUCCUAAUUUGAUGGUUGGGACAUCAGAUGCACUCUUUGACUAUAUUGCAGCAGAGCUUGGAAAAUUUGUUGCUCAAGAAAAUCAACCUCCUGCUAGACAGAGAGAGCUAGGUUUUACCUUUUCCUUUCCUGUCAUGCAAACGUCAAUUGCUUCUGGGAAUCUUAUCAAGUGGACAAAAGGGUUCAGCAUAGAUGACGCAGUUGGUCAAGAUAUUGUGGCGGAAUUAACAGAAGCUAUUCAGAGACAAGGUCUUGAUAUGCAUGUAACAGCUCUGGUCAAUGAUACAGUUGGGACAUUAGCAGGAGGUCGAUAUGAAAACAACAAUGUCAUUGCUGCUAUUAUUUUAGGCACUGGAACAAAUGCAGCUUAUGUGGAACGUGCUCAAGCAAUACCAAAAUGGCAUGGUCCUUUGCCAAAUUCUGGGGAAAUGGUUAUCAACAUGGAGUGGGGAAACUUCCGUUCAUCUCACCUUCCAUUAACUGAGUAUGAUUAUGCAUUAGAUGCUGAGAGUUUAAACCCCGGUGAACAGAUUUUUGAGAAGAUAAUUUCUGGCAUGUACUUGGGAGACAUUGUUCGUAGAGUACUAUGCAAGAUGGCUGAAGAAGCUUUCUUUUUUGGUGAUGAUGUUCCCCCAAAACUGAGAGUUCCGUUUAUGCUAAGGACGCCGGACAUGUCUGCAAUGCAUCAUGACUCAUCUGCUGAUCUCAAUGUGGUAGGAAGCAAACUGAAGAACAUUUUCGAGAUAUCUGAUACCUCCCUACAAGUGAGGAAGGUGGUUGUGGAGAUUUGCAACAUUGUUGCCACCCGUGGUGCUCGUCUUUCUGCUGCUGGCAUCUUGGGUAUCUUGAAGAAGCUGGGAAAAGAUACCAUGAGUGAUGGUGAGGGUCAGAAGAGUGUGAUAGCCAUGGAUGGUGGAUUGUAUGAGCAUUACACCGAGUAUAGCAAAUGCCUAGAGAACACCCUUAAAGAAUUGGUUGGUGAAGAUGUCUCAGAAAGUAUUAUCAUUGAGCAUUCCAAUGAUGGUUCAGGCAUUGGUGCUGCUCUUCUUGCUGCCUCUCACUCCCAAGUUGAUGGUUAACAAUAAUGAUCAUGAUAUUGGGGUUUGUAUCAAUUAUUUUUGUGGUCCAUUUAUGACCCCAGCAGUCUUGGGAGUUGGGAGGGUUGACUUGUACACAGCUUUUAAGCCAAUCUUUGCAACAUUUACUCAACACCAUUUCUUUAAGUUGAUGUAUUUAAUUCUUUCAGGAGAACUCUGCAUUUUGCCGUGUUAGCCUUAACAUCAUAUUUCACAUCACCUGGCUCUAUACUUUGUUAGGAUAAGGAUAGGAUACCUUUUAUGCCAAAAUUAUUGGCUUUGUUGGCCAUAGGUCUGUAGGAGUUGUUGGAUCAAAUGUGCAAGGAAGCAGCCAUGUGACACUCUUGCCUUUUGAG